CCCGUAAUAGGUGGAGGGGUAGCCUUAUUUUUUGGAGGUCGAGUUUGGCGUUGCGCCUCGGUUUUAAGCGUGGAUCUGCAGACAGGUCAUGAGUGCAGACUGAAUAUCGUCAUCGACACCGAACCAGCAAAGCAGAACCCUCCCCCCCCCCCCCCCCUCCUCCGUUUUUGUCAGAGAAAUGAUUUCGCUAUCGCGCAUGACGACUGGAAUAGGACUGAGCACCUCAUCACCUCAUCAGACAGUUAUCUUGUUUUUUCCAUAUUAAAAAAUGGCAGAGAAUUGGUGGGGAGGGGCGCUGGGCAAGGCGAAAGGAUGUCCGCCGGAAACCGCGGACAAGCCAAUCAUCGGUUGCGGUGGCCGGCGGAUGGAUCACUGGAUGGCCCUCGUUGCUCCCGCGGCCCAAAUCGUGGAUGGAAUUUCUUCACUCCCACACCUCUUAUCAGCCCAUGAUUGUUCAAAUUGCUUGACUAGACUAUCCUUCACCGACUCAAAAUCUCACUUAGAUUUUGAUUUUUCUUGGUAUCAUGUUUCGGUUCCUUCCACCCGCCUGGGUUUAGCCUUCGGUUUCGACGCCUUCACCGGAGUCUUACGUCUAUUAUAUAAUGUCAUCUUUCCCCCCCUCCUAGUCAGGUCAACUGAUGACCUUGCACUGUGGCCGGUUCUGCUUCUCCAUCGCAGGCCGUGAUCGAUUCGUGUCACCUAGCUGUUCCCGCGAGGUCUCCGUUCAUCUAUCGAUCUCUCGUUGCCCGCCUAUAAUAUAGCUCGGUCGAAGUGAACGCUGAGGCGUUGACAU